AUGGAAAUUCCUCAGAGUAGCAUCAAGUAUCUGUCGUCUUGGUAUCAAGCUCCUCUCCACAGGACCGUAACCCUCCCAGUCAAUGAGAUACUGAACACCUCUACCCCGCGGAGCGGGGAAUCGGAGUAUCCGACAGACCGUGUAAGCAGGAUGGUCAUCAAUCAUCCGAGAAGGAGAAGAACAUUGCUGUCCAAUGACCUUUCACUAAAAUUGUCCAAAGUAAGACUCUCCGAUAGUGGAACAUACAGAUGCUUCAUUCCAAAACAGAGCAAAGAAUCCACUGUGCAACUUAUUGUUGGUUCUGUCUCCUCACCUGUCAUAGCAGGGAUUAACAUAAGCAGCAUUGCAGCGGUUCUACAGUGUGAGUCUGAAGGCUGGUAUCCAGAGCCUGAGGUGUUGUGGCUGGACGGUGAGGGAAACCUCCUCUCUGCUGGACCUUCAGAGACAGUCAGAGGUCCUGAUGAUCUCUAUACUGUCAGCAGCAGAGUGACUGUGGAGAAGAGACACAGCAACAGCUUCACCUGUAGAGUCCAGCAGAAGAACACCAACCAGACCAGAGAGACAGAAAUUGAGAUCAAUAGGUACCCAGUGGAUGACACCGAAGCAACCGGAUAUAGACAGCAGCUUAUGACCAAAGCAAAAAACUUGAUAAAGAACUACAGAAGAAAGGAGAACUGA